ACUCUCUCGUCCUCUGCACCUUCAUCUCGCGUGCUCUAUAUAGGACCGCGCUACGGCUCUGAAAUAUGAGCUUAGGCUCAUCGACCAUGUCGACAGCAACUCUCACCCGUACGCCCUUCGAGCGGCGGGUGGAGGAGGCGCGUCCAUCGAAAGGGGAUAUCAAUGCGCUCAUCAUGGACUACCUCAUCAAUGCUGGCUACCCUUCUGCCGCGAAGAGAUUCGCCAAGGAAGCCGGCAUUGCAGUUACACCAGAAAUCGUGUCAAUAGAGGACCGAGUCGCCAUUCGAGAUGCAAUCCAUGCGGGCGAUAUUCAGACCGCAAUAGAGAAGAUCAACGAGUUAGACCCUCAGAUCCUCGACCUCAACGCCUCCCUUCACUUCUCCCUUCUCCGUCUCCAAUUAAUCGAACUCAUCCGGAAAUGUACCACCCCGCCUAACACCGACAUCACCGAAGCCCUUACAUUCGCCACAACACAUUUAGCUCCCCGAGCACCCACCCAUCCAAAAUUCCUCUCAGACUUCGAACACACCAUGGCGCUCCUGAUCUUCUCUCACGACAACCUGCCUGCUCAGUUGUCCGAGCUCCUCGACCCAGCUUUGAAGAAAAAAGUCGCAAUUGAAGUCAACGAAGCCAUUCUGUCGAGUCAAGGCCUCCCAAAAGAGGCACGGAUUCGCGGGUUGGUUAAGCUACGAUCGUGGGCCGAGGAAGAGGCCCGCAAAAAGGGCUUGCAUCUACCGAAGACGAUCCCACUGGGCCUUGAUAAUGACGAAGAGGAAGAUGGGGAAGAUGACGCUGUCAAUGGGAGCCACUCUCGACGUGCUCAUGGUGCUCAUGGUGAUGCGAUGCAAACUUGAGGUCAUGAUUUAAAUCACUUAGGUUAACUGGGAGAUGACAGUUGCCCGACGCCUAUUAGUCGACUCUCGCAUCUUCGACCUCGAUCGUUAAGGACGAGAGAUUACUGAUGGUACUUGGCGCGCGGGCAGUGAUUGAGGCGUUUUAGCGGGCAUCGAAUGGGUAGCUUUAGUAGGGCUUGCAUACGGAUAGGCGAAUAUUGGAGAUGGCGUUGAGGGAGGAUAAGAAGAACAUUGAUGAAACAUUCGUUGUCGUUGCGCAACCGAUUGGUAUUGAUGCUAUCAUGGCCAGAACAAUUUCAAAGCCCGUCGUUCGACGGCGUAGCAUUCAUCAUAAAACGUAAAAGGUCUCCAUCUGUCCCGCAUGAUUUAAUACAGUAAGCAUUCGUUCGGGAGCAGCAAAUCAACUCAUCUGGCUCCUUUCAGCCCGAACUAUGAACACGGAGAGAUAUUGUUA